AUGGAUGCAGCUAGUGGAGGCGCCAUAGUGAAUAAGACUCCUCGUGAAGCUAGGGAAUUGAUCUCCAUCAUGGCCGCCAAUUCACAACAAUUUGGCUUUAGGCAAGACACAUCUUCAAGAAGGGUGAACGAGCAAGUGAAAGCUUGUGGGAUAUAUGAUGUGAUCGGUCACCCAACUGACAUGUGUUCUACACUUCAAGAUGAUUCUCAUGAGUACGCUAAUGCAAUUGGAAGGUUUCUCGAUCCCCCCCAAAGGAAAUAUGAUCCUUACUUAAAUACCUAUAAUCCAGGAUGGAGGGAUCAUCCUAACCUUAGCUAUGGACCAAGAUCAUCACAAUUCCAGCGUUCUCCACAUGAGCAGUCUUCUUCAAAGCCGGGUAUGUCCCUAGAAGAAAUUGUCAAAUCACUUGAAACCAAUACACAACAAUUUCAGCAAGAGACAAGAACAAGCAUACAAAAUUUGGAGAAUCAAAUGAGUCAAUUGGCAUCAUCCGUGAAUCGGUUAGAAUCCCAAGGUAAGUUACCUUCACAAACCAUUGUUAAUCCAAAACAAAACGUUAGUGCAAUCACAUUAAGAAGUGGAAAGGAGUUGAAGGAACCUAGUCCAUUGGCACAUGGGAGAGCAUUAGAUAAAAAAGCUGAAAAGGAAGUUGUUGCUCCUCAAACUCAGAAAGACCAACCUAAAGGACUCAAAAGCGAAAAACCGAAGGAAUUUGUCAUAGAAUCUCCUUUUCCCUCUAGAUUCGCUAAAUCCAAGAAAAAAGCAGAAGAGAAAGAAAUUCUUAAGACAUUUCGCAAGAUCGAGGUAAAUAUUCCUUUACUUGAUGUAAUUAAAAAAGUACCUCGAUAUGCUAAAGUUCUUAAAGAAUCGUGCACCAAUAAGAGAAAGCUCAAGGGCAAUGAAAAGGUAAGUAUGGGGGAGAAUGUUUCAGAUGUCUUCCAGAAAAAACUACCCCCCAAGUACAAAGACCCAGGUAUGUUCACUAUCCCUUGUAAACUCGGUAAUGUUAGGAUUGAGAGAGCAAUGUUAGAUCUAGGAGCUUCAAUAAAUGUCAUGCCUCUCUCUAUUUACUCAUCUUUGAACGUUGGUCCUUUGAAAGAGACAGGAGUGAUUAUUCAACUAGCUGACAGAUCUAAUGUAUAUCCUGAGGGAGUUUUAGAGGAUGUUUAG